UUGAGCUCAGCCUGCUGUGUCGGCCUGUGUCCGCCAGAGGGCGCUGCAGCUCCUCCCGGGUCUCGGCGCAGGAAGCGGCCGCUCUGUCAGCAGCCCACCGGCUCCAGUCCGGGAGUCAUGUCUGGCCAUGUUUUCGUCAACACAUGCAAACUGGUCGCGGUGCUUUUAAGCUGUCUCGGCCCGUCCACUGGAGAUCAUGACCAACACGCGGGCCGUGUUUCUGAGGCAGAGCCCCAGCUGCACAGACCCGUGGAGAUGGAGGAGGUGGUGAUAGUGGUCCAGAGUCAGAGGAACUCCUACCACGCCCGGCGCUGUGGCCAGAAGAAGUCUGAGAUUCAGCAGGCGGCAGCUAAUCUGGGGCAGGGAGUUCCAGUUGUUGUCCUCCUCCAUGAGCUCUCGGAUUAUGACGGUGACUGGAGUAUACUUCCCGUGCUCCCACGCCUUUCAACAUCUUAUAGCCAGUCAGCAUCCUGGUUUUUGUUCAUAGAGGAAGAAACCUCAGUCACACUGCCUGCUUUGCUGCAGGUCUUAAAUAGAUAUCCAGCCCAAGAGGAAUGGUUUUUGGGGAAGCGUCUCCAUGACAACGAAGCCUCUAUCAUUCACCAUUACGCCUUUUCUGAAGACCCCAUCUCUUUUGGUUAUCCUGAUCCUGCAGCAGGCUGGGCUCUCAGUGCUCCGCUGCUCCACAGACUGUCUGAUCGAAUCCAGCAUGAGAGCCUCAAGUCAGACUUCACCAUCGACCUCGCACACGAGAUCUCUUUGUUCAUUUGGGAGGAAGGAAAUGGUCCAGAACUGACAGCAGUUCCAGAGUUUUGCACAGAGCUGAGGGACAACUGCGCCACUACAUUUACAACAUACCUGUAUGACUGUGGGGAUCCAGUGCCGAAGAGCAAUGUGUUUGUUGCUGUGAAAACUUGUCAAAGGUUCCACUCGGAGCGAGUACCAGUGGUUAAGGCAACCUGGGAGAAAGAUGCUGGACUUAUAGAGUACUAUAGCGAUGCCACUGAUGCGUCCAUACCUACAAUUAAUCUAGGAGUGCCCAACACUGACAGAGGCCACUGCGGGAAGACAUUUGCUAUCUUGAAGCAUUUUCUGAGCAAAGCGGUGCCAGAGGUCGACUGGCUGCUCAUUGUUGAUGACGAUACACUCAUUAGCUUGCCCCGGUUGAGGCGAUUGCUGCGCUGCUACGACCCAAAGGAAGCCGUGAACCUGGGGGAGAGAUAUGGUUAUGGCUUGAUUCAGAAUGGAUACAGCUACAUCACAGGAGGAGGAGGGAUGGUGCUCAGCAGGGCGGCGGUGUCCAGGCUCCUGUCCAGCAGCUGCAGCUGCUACAGCCACGACGCCCCUGAUGACAUGGUGCUGGGCAGGUGCUUCACUUCCCUCGGUGUUCCCCUCACGCACAGUCCACUGUUUCACCAGGCCCAGCCGGACGACUACUCUGAGAGGCUGAAGUCCUUGCGGCCGGGCAUCUCCUUCCACAAGCACUGGAGCGUAGAUCCUGUGGUCGUCUACAGACGCUGGCUGCAGGACGCAGAUUCCCGGGAUGAACUGUAGAGAGAUCAAGAGGAUUCAUUGAUUUUGGUCUGGGGCAGGUAAGCAGCUGAAUCUUGAGUCCUUAGGACAGACAUCUGAGCCAAGAACCCUCCCCGCCCAAAAAGCCUCCACCUAUCAUCCCUCUACACCAUCAGAUUGUUUGGUCAUUAUACUAAAUCGACUACUUGUUAGAAGCAUACAUUUAACUGGGGCCUGUGGGGUUCUAAUGGGAUGCUUGAUAUGUCUGAACUUAACAUUCCAAGGAGUGGAAUUUUUCAAAUGAUUUUAUUCCUGUUUAUGAGGUUUGUAUUUUUCAAUAUAUUGUGGCUCUUGUAUUGUUUACUAUAUUUGUCCUAUUCUAAUAAUUCUGCUGAUAUUCAUUCAGGAACUGCCAUUAAAAUAGUAAUGACUGAUAUCUGGACACAUUUCAGGCAGUGUAUAUGUA